AUGAACAGUUUGAGUAACUUAUUCCUAUUUUCUCUAUCUUUCAAGACGUCCUACACAGAUAAGGGAAAAAAACCUGAAGGUGGUCGUUUCCUAGCAUUCGAUCAUGUAACAUUCUGGGUCUCAAACGCUAAACAGGCUGCUAGUUAUUACAUCACACGGUUCGGGUUUGAACCGCUAGCUUAUAAAGGUUUAGAAACAGGAUCCAGGCAGUAUUCCUCUCACGCUGUCAGAUUAAAUAAAAUUAUUUUCGUAUUCGAGGGUCAAUAUAACCCAGAAGAAACAGAUUUCGUCAAUGAAGUAGGCUAUCACGGCGACUUUGUAAAGGAUGUCGCCUUUGAAGUUGAAAACUUGGAGUACAUUCUAAAUUACGCUAAAAAACAGGGAGCGGUUGUCAUCAGGGAUGUUUGGGAAGAAAAAGACGAGUUUGGAGUCGUUAAGAUGGCUAGACUCAAAACGUACGGCGACAACACGCAUACAUUAGUAGAUAGAUCACAAUAUAAGGGAGCCUUCCUACCUGGAUAUCAGAUGUUACAGAAGGAUCCCAUUCAUCAAUUCUUACCGAAAGUGGAGAUUAACUUCAUAGACCACGUUGUGGGAAAUCAACCAGAUAAUUGUCUCGAGGAAGCAGCGUCGUGGUAUGAGCGCUGUCUACAGUUCCAUCGAUUCUGGUCGGUGGAUGACAAGCAAAUUUGCACGGAGUACUCGUCACUUCGUUCCGUAGUGAUGGCGAAUUAUGAGGAGACGGUCAAAAUGCCGAUCAAUGAACCCGCACUUGGCAAACGGAAGAGUCAGAUCCAGGAAUAUGUCGAAUACCACGGGGGUGCAGGAGUUCAACACAUCGCCUUGAACACAGAAGACAUCAUAACUGCUAUUGAACAUCUCCGUGCUCGAGGUGUUGAGUUCUUGACUAUUCCACCAAAGUACUACAAACUGAUCAGAGAAAAACUAGCACACAGCAAGGUGAAGGUGGCUGAGAGUAUAGAUAUAUUGGAGCGUCUCAAUAUCCUUAUAGAUUACGACGAUGACGGAUAUUUACUACAGAUAUUUACAAAGAACACUCAGGAUCGCCCUACACUCUUCUUGGAGGUUAUACAGAGAAGAAAUCACAAUGGAUUCGGCGCCGGCAACUUUAAAACAUUAUUCGAAUCUAUCGAAAUAGAGCAAGAAAAGAGAGGAAACUUAUAA